AAUACAAAAAGCAAAACAAAACAUUACCAUUUUGCUCUUCCUCUUUAUCUUUCUUCUUCGUUUCGAUAGCCUGAUCCUAUACAUCUCUUUGUUUUUGGAAUAAAGACGAAAAAGAACAAAAAAUUGAAAAUGGUGGAUCUAUUGAACUCGGUGAUGAACCUGGUGGCGCCUCCGGCGACGAUGGUGGUGAUGGCCUUCGCAUGGCCAUUACUGUCUUUCAUUAGCUUCUCCGAACGGGUUUACAACUCUUAUUUCGCCACUGAAAACAUGGAAGAUAAAGUCGUAGUCAUCACCGGAGCUUCCUCCGCUAUUGGAGAGCAAAUAGCGUAUGAAUAUGCAAAGAGAGGAGCGAAUUUGGUGUUGGUGGCUAGGAGAGAGCAGAGACUAAGAGUUGUGAGCGAUAAGGCCAAGCAAAUUGGAGCCAACCACGUCAUCAUCAUCGCUGCUGANGUUGGAAGUUACAGGUGCGGUCAACUGAACUGA